AUGAGCUCCAAGGAUCCCGACGCCCGUCGCCGCCGGAAGGACCGCGAUUCCGACCUCGACUCCUCGCGCUCCAGGGACAAGGACCGCCACGCCGUGCGGAAGCCCUCGCACAGGAAAAAGUCGCGCUCCAAGGACCGCCUGCGCGACGCCGCAGACCGAGACCGAGACCGCUCUCACCCCACCCGUUCACACACCCACCCCAAGAAGAUGUCGCUGGUCCCUGAGCUGGACCGUCGGCCCUCCGCCUCGCCUGCCUCCAGCAGCACUUAUCCCUCCUUCUCAAAGGCCCACAGCCGUGAGUCGCUAGAGCCACGCACCGACGACCCGAAGGCGGGGAAGCCGCUCUAUACCCCAGACCCUACCGACUUGGGUGGCUCGUCCAAAGACGGCCGCCGGUCUCCGAGGCCGACAGCUGCUGCUCGUGCUACUGCUGCUCCCCCGAGCCCGCCUUUGACUGCCGACGAACCUGACCUGAGGAGGAGGGGCAGCGGUAAUAGCAUAAGGAAAUCCGGGGGCAGCCAGCGGUCAGACAAGGAGAGCAGGAAGAGAAGCGAGAGCGGGCGGCGGAGUUCGAGCGGAAGGCGCAGUGCAGGUGGAGAUUCGCGCCGUGGCGCCGGUCCAAAGAUGGCGACGUCAAAAUCGAGUUUGCGCCAGGCCAUCCCGCUAGAUGAAGACUCUCAGGACUCUGACGGCUCAGGCUCAAAGCCACGCACCGCUCGCCAUCCAGCGCAUCCGCGGAAACCGCCCUCUGACACCUCGACGGCGAGAUCGCAGAGAACCGUCAGUGGAACUCACUCGACUACGGACUCCGAUGCUACCUCAAUCGCCCCGGAUCAAACCAGAGUACGACGAGACCCAAUCCCGAACUCCUCCCCGUCAGUCAUUGACUCAUCCCCUCGCACACCAACUGCCAUCCACCCCGCUUUUGCAAAUGUUCCAGCCGGCCAAAAGGGCACGCCGAUGGUACAAGUUUUCUCGGGACCGGACUCUCGCGCUCCGUCCGCAGAUCUCUGGGGCGGAGGCAUGAACGCUCCUCCACCGCCGCCGCCGCCGCCGCCGCCGCCGCCGCCUCCUAUGGUUAUGCCUGCCGAUGUUCCACGUGUAGACUAUCUGUUACAAAACGGAGGUCUCUCCCACACAAUCCCCAAAACACUUGUAGCAGCUAUAGAGCCCCCGCUAGGAUCCUUUCAGCCCCACUACGGCUCACCGGGAAGCCGGCCUCGGCCAGCCGAAUCAGUGCAACAUAUUUUUGCACCGUUCCAGAGAAUUCUGGAAGACUACAAUCUCGUCAUGUCGAAGAACGGCUCCGUGGCCGUUGCUACAGGAUAUCGCUCUGUGGCACGGCGAUUGCUAGACAGACUCGAAGCAGUCUUCUCUCGCGACAUUUCUUCGGAGGUCUGUCGUUGCGUGAUAUGCCGGCUGAAAUCAGAUGAGGUGGAGCCAACUGACGAAGAAACUGGCGUUAGCUGGGGAGAGAUCCUGGAAUUUGUCUCAGGCCGACGAGAACUGCCUCCUUGGCCCCCGUUCUCAAUUGACACAGAUGCCGGUGGUCUUGGAAUUGCUGGUUUCAACCAGGCAGCGCCAAUGCAAAAGCUCGACAUCGAUGUUCCUGAGGAAUACCGUGACCACUACAUCAAGCAGAGCAAGAAGACAAAGCAAGCCGUCCAAAACUGGCUGGCUACGCAGCCAGAAUUCCCGACCAGCCCCCCGCAAGAAGUUGAUGAUGAGACACUCACUUUUGCCAUGCUCACGCAUUUGGAAGCAGAGAAGCGCCCCGUUUUCACAGCUCUACUCAGGGGAAUGAGCACGAUUCCAGCCUCCCGGACGCCGACCCCGCUCAACGUGCCGAGACCUGACCUCCUGGCCAAGACUGCCGUUGCUCUGCAAAGGCUCUAUCGCCUAAGCAAGCCCCCACGCGACCCCGAAUGUGCAAUCUUCCUGCUCAAAUACCCGAUGCUCCACUCAGUCCUAGCUACACUAGCUGCAGUAAGCAGCGGGGAGUGGGAAAUCCUUAUCUCAGGUAGGUUCGACGGGUUUUUGUGGAGCGGUGCGGAAGGACCCAUUCCACCUGGUGCUUCUGCGGGGUCAACCAUCUCUCGUGGACCAACAGCCACGCCGUUGUCGCGAACCACGACCCCCUUCAGUAUGGGUGGCGGGCCGUCUCGUGGACCCACGCCUUUCCAGAAUAGCAACCCCGGAAUUGCGAGAUCAGCAUCAACGGCACCAGGUUCCUUUGGCGCGCCGGUUCAGAUGGAUGAAGAAGUGGAAAUUGCUACGCUUGCUGAGGUGGAGCGUGAGAUUUUCUUGGGGAUGGAAGCGCUCGAGGAUGCUUUUGAGGCACUUCACUGCAAGGCUGAGGGGGUUCGCAGAGCCCUCCGCGAACGUAGCGCUGGCCUUGCAAUGGCGGCGCAAGCGCGGCGCGGAUCCAUGGAUGGCGGUGUCGAGGUCCGACUUGGAACUCCAGCUUCGGGCAUCGGAGGCUGGGGAGGUGGCGGGUGGGACACGGAGACGGACGACGGCCUUGACGAGAGAUCGGAGCUGGCUCCUGACGAUUCGGCAAGCAACAUUAGCUACAACAGGCGCCGGCGGCCUGAGAGGAGGAAGCAGAGGAACACGCCGGCGCCGGUGGAAGAAGAGGACGAAAGCGAGUUGACGGAGGAGGCGCCGCGCAGACGAUGA